GCGGCCGCAGUAGCGCUUGGGCGGCGGCGGUGGAGGCGGCCGGCGGCGAUGGGCUCCGCGCUGCGCUUCCCGUUCCUGCUCCUGCUGGUGCUCGCCGGCCCCGCGGCCACGCUCGCCGGGUACAUCGAGGCGCUCGCAGCCAAUGCUGGGGCAGGCUUCGCGGUGGCAGAGCCUCAGGUUGCCAUGUUCUGUGGGAAGCUCAAUAUGCACGUGAACAUCCAGACUGGGAAAUGGGAGCCUGACCCUUCUGGGACCAAGAGCUGCUUUGGAAGAAAGGAAGAGAUCCUGCAGUACUGCCAGGAGAUGUAUCCAGACCUGCAGAUCACGAACGUGGUGGAAGCCAACCAACCCGUCAGCAUCGACAGCUGGUGCAAGAGGGGGAAGAAGCAGUGCAAGGACCACACUCACAUUGUUGUGCCCUACAAGUGCCUGGUGGGGGAGUUUGUAAGCGACGUGCUGCUGGUGCCAGAGAAGUGCCGGUUCUUCCACAAGGAGCGGAUGGAUGUGUGUGAGAGCCAUCAGCACUGGCAUACUGUGGCCAAGGAGGCCUGUCUGACAGAAGGGAUGAUCCUGCACAGUUAUGGCAUGCUGCUGCCCUGUGGAGUAGACCAGUUCCAUGGAACAGAAUACGUAUGCUGCCCUCAGGCAAAGGUUGUGGAUGAGGCUCUGUCCAAAGAGGAAGAGGAUGAAGAUGAGGAUGAGGACUAUGACCUCUAUAAAAGUGAGUUCCCUACAGAGGCAGGUGUAGAAGACAUCACAGGAACGGCUGUGGAGGAGGAUGAGGAUGAAGAAGAUGAAGGGGAAGAGGAGGAGGACGUGGUGGAAGACCGUGAUUACUAUUACGAUAGCUACAAAGUGGAUGAUUACAACGAGGAGACCCCCACAGAGCCAAGCAAUGACAAAGCUGCUCCUGAAAAAGAAGUCAGCAGUGACAUGAAAUCUGUCUGCUCCCAGGAGGCGAUGACAGGGCCCUGCCAGGCUGUGAUGCCUCGUUGGUACUUCGACCCUAACAAGAGAAAAUGCAUUCGCUUUAUAUAUGGAGGCUGCGGAGGCAACAGGAACAAUUUUGAGUCAGAGGAGUAUUGUAUGGCUGUGUGUAAAAAGAUGAUGCCAACUGAUGAUGUGGAUGUCUACUUUGAGACCCCAGCUGAUGACAAUGAACAUGCCCGCUUCCAGAAGGCAAAGGAGCAGCUGGAGGUCAGGCACCACAACCGUAUGGACCGGGUGAAAAAGGAAUGGGAGGAAGCAGAACACCAAGCUGUCAAUCUGCCCAAGGCUGAAAGGCAGACUCUCAUUCAGCACUUCCAGGCAAUGGUGAAAUCCCUGGAGAAGGAGGCAGCGAGCGAGAAGCAGCAGCUGGUGGAGACUCACCUGGCUCGUGUGGAAGCGAUGCUGAACGAUCGCCGCCGCAUCGCCCUGGAGAACUACCUGGCAGCCCUGCAGGCUGACCCACCACGGCCCCACCGCAUCCUGCAAGCUCUGAAGCGCUAUGUGCGUGCUGAGAACAAGGACCGGCUGCACACCAUCCGCCACUACCAGCACGUCCUGGCAGUUGACCCAGAAAAGGCUGCACAGAUGAAAUCUCAGGUGAUGACACAUCUCCAUGUGAUUGAGGAGCGGAUGAAUCAAAGCUUGUCUCUGCUCUACAAGGUGCCAUAUGUGGCUGAAGAAAUCCAGGAUGAGAUUGAUGAGCUGCUUCAGGAGCAGCGUGCAGACAUGGAUCAGUUCACAUCCUCCAUUUCGGAAUCCCAGGUGGAUGUCAGAGUGAGCUCGGAGGAGAGUGAAGAGAUUCCCCUGGAGGGCAAACCCUUCCGUCCAUUCCAGGUGAAAACCUUCCCAGCCGUGCCUGAAAGUGAAGGUUCUGGCAUGACUGAGCUGGAUGGGCUGAUCGGUGCUGAAGAGAAGGUGAUUAACAGCAAGAAGAAAGUGGAUGAAAAUGUGGUCAUCGAUGAAACCCUGGAUGUGAAGGAGAUGAUUUUCAAUGCAGAGCGUGUCGGUGGGCUGGUGGACGAGCCGGAUAAUGACAACUCCCUCCGUGAUGACUUCAGUUUCAGCAGCAGUGCCCUCAUUGGCCUUUUGGUGAUUGCUGUUGCCAUAGCUACUGUUAUAGUCAUCAGCUUGGUGAUGCUGAGGAAGAGGCAGUAUGGGACCAUCAGCCAUGGGAUUGUGGAGGUUGACCCGAUGCUUACCCCAGAAGAGCGGCAUCUGAGCAAGAUGCAGAACCACGGCUACGAGAACCCCACUUACAAAUACCUGGAGCAGAUGCAGAUAUAAAAGAGAUGAAGAUGCAGCAGCCCUGGCUGGGAAAGGCUCAGGGCGGAGGGCCAAAGUGGUCCAGCGUUUUGGAUCAACUACUGACCAACAGUUGCUUCGAGAGGACUUCAUCUUACAUUCAGAACUCCUGGAUCAUUAAGACUAUAAUUACUACUGUAGAGUUGCAAUUUCCAUUCUUUUAAAUGGGUGAAGAAAUGAUAAUAUAACACUAUGAUAUAUAAAUCUCCUUAAAUGGGAAAAAAAUGGAUCUAUUGCAGAUAUUUGACUGAGAUGUAGUUUUCUUUUUGGUUUAUUUUUUGGGGUUUGUUUUUUCUUUUUAACUAAUCUGGGCAAUCCCAGUUCUGUUGUUCUGAUGUCCGAUACAAGCUCUAUAUAUAGAAAAUGGGAAACGUGGAUUUUUAUUUGGGAUAGACCACCUGCAUAUUGAGGGUCCUUUGUCCCAGCCCGCCUUGUAAAAAGGAGACAGUUGUGGCUCUUGAGUCCUUUUGGCUUUUAUAUCUAAAAGCAGGAUUUGGCUUUUCCUUUGGAGUUUUGAUUCGCCAACUUAAUUUCACUGGGAGUUGCAAAGAGAUUAAGUUAGGGAUAGGAACUGUGACACAGACGGAAGCAAUUGGGAAUGGAAACUAACAAAAAACCCUGAUAACAAGGACAAAAAAAAAGAGAAAAAGAGAAAAAAAGAGUAAAAAAAUAAAGGAGAAACCACCCCCCCCCUCCCAUCCUCAUAUGCCAGUGGUGUGCACCCUGCUGCUUAGCAGCCUGGGCUCUAGGAAUCAAAGACUCCCUGGAGGCAAGGAGUUAAAAGGCUUCUAGCAUCUCUGUUUAUAGUUCUUCUAGUGGAAUGUUAGGACAUGGUUUGUGCAUCCUGGGGUCUGCACAUCCCCUGCCAGAGCCAGAUCUGCUCUAGAGUUGGAAGUUCCUGGGUAUUGGAUUGAAAUCCUCCGUUCAGAACCAGUUUCCUUCAGUCCUCCCCUGGCAUUAACAGCCCCUCUCGCUACUACUUUCUAAUUGCCCCCUCCCCAGGUCUCCUGCCUCACCAACGUGGUAAGGAGCUGAGAGACUCACAUUGUGGAGCCUUUGCAUCUGCUCUGGGUGGCUUUGCCCAGCGAUGACAAAUCCCAGCCCCUCUGGGAGCUGAUGCACGUGGAAUGCGCUGGGAAGUGGGGAGGGAAGAGGGACAAGGUGCCUGCUUGAAGGGCAAUGAGAUGCAUAGGCCCCAAGAAGACGAACAAAAAGGGGUGUCGUUCCACUCACCAUCAUGUCUUUGUAAUGCUUGUAUAGUUGGUGUUAAUGCUCACGGCUUUUUUAAAUCUGGAGGUUCUGGUAACCUGUGGUGUAUUUUUUCUAUUUUUCCUGUGAUUUUUCUUUUUUUUUUUCCUUUUUCCCCUCCCCCCCUCCGUGUCUCUUCCCACUAUGCACAGAUUUACCUGCAAACUCCUUCGUGUGGUCUGUGGGGAAUGUACAAAGUUUAAACACAUCAAUAAACACUUUAACUUCCA